CAAGGUCCUUGUCCCCUCCAAGCGCUUCUGGUCCAAACUGGCUCCUAGUCAGGCCUACUGGAACCGCCAGCAACAGAGACUGGACCUCCAACACAACCCCAUCCUCGCCUCCUCCAACAGUAACAACACUAGCGAUGAGUUUGUCAGACCUGUCCCUGAUUGGCUCAACGACACGGGACUGAACCCUGACCCCUGCCAACCGGACUACAGAGUCACCACUGACGUGAAAGACUACAAUUCCCUACCUCCCCGUUUUAAAGACUUCCUGCUCUACAUGCGCUGUCGGUCGUACCCUCUAGUGGUGGACCAGCCUCACAUCUGCCARAAGACCCGGAGAGGGGAGUCGCCCUUCCUCCUACUGGCCGUYAAAUCCCUUACUCCGCACUUUGACCGCCGCCAGGCCAUCCGCCAGUCGUGGGGKCRAGCCGGCGUCCUCGCCAACCGGACGGUUGUCACGGUGUUCCUGCUCGGCAACACCACGGCCGUGGACCACCACCCAGAUCUGUCGGCGAUGCUGCGCUAUGAGAACGCUCAUACACAGGGAUGUGUCUGAGGAAACUGGGGCUGGGGCCGGAGAAACAUAAAGGCUUUAAGACGUUUGACAUUGAGGAGAAGUACAGGAGGAACCCGUGUGCCUAUAARGGUCUGAUGCUGGUGCAUAGCCGGACACCGCAGGAGAUGAUCCAGAUCUGGGCCUGGCUCAAUGACCCCAACUUGACCUGUCAGUAACUACCCAGCCAGUGUCCAUUUUGACUUGAGCUACCAGAAACCGGGGACAACAGGUGUCUGUGGYCAUUUUUGAUUUGAGCUGUCAGUAACCAGGGAAGACAGGUGACUUAAACUGCCUGGACCAGACACCAUGACAGGCAGCCAUUUUGUUAUGUUGGUUGUUCUAGUAACACUGUGAGAGGUCAGUGGCCACUUGUGACACUUGGUAGGGUUGUUACAUUCUAAAGGUCAGCCACMAUUUGAGACUUUUUAUAUUUAUAUAUUUUUUGAGGGUAGGAUUAUUACUCUAGGAGGGUCAGUCGAACAUUGGCAGCUUUAUUGUUGUUAUUAUCAUGGUUGUUGAUGUUAACCAUCUUCAAAGUUGAAUSUUGGAUAAACAGUUCAGGUUUUGAAUCCCGAGAUAAAGAGGGCGUGAUUGUGAUGGCGGCACAACGGCAGACCAACGCGUCUCUGAGCUUUCUGAAGGGUCAAGACGGGGUUGUGAUGGUGAAGUGUGAUGGACCAUGAUUCCCCACUGUGUGUCUGACGGCACAAAGAGCCUGUACCUUGCCGUAUUAUGAGGAGUUGGAGACAGAGGUGGUGUGAAUGAGCAGCCUGAUCCCAGAUCUGUUUGGUGUGAAAAUGACCUUAAAGAGUUGGCAAGACUGGCACAAACUGAUCUGGAACCAGGCUAAUGGAUGAGUGCUCAGCUGGUCUGGGCCGUGCUAGAUAGAAAUGUCCACAAAGAUGUUUGGUCGUGCCACCAAACGAGUCCCUCUUGGAUGAUGUCACUUGGGAAAAUAAAUCCAAUAAAAAGAGCACAUGUUCAACUGAAAAA